GAAACGAACAAAAUAUUAUUCGCAACGACACAAUGGGUCCGAAAAGAAAGCACCAAGAGUCAGAAGCGCAAGGUGAUGUGCACGAAUCUCGUCAAGCGCAGGUCUACGGUAACAAACCUCGCCCCGCCAAAAAACCACGAAAUUCCGAACCUGCCAGAAAACAGCUUCAUGCUUCGAGUGUCAACGCCAUCAAGAAGAAGAUCAGAGAUGUGAGCAGAAGGCUAGAAAGAUCUGAGAAUGUCCCUGCAGAUGUUAGAGUCCAGGAUGAAAGAGCUCUUGCUACAUACGAGCAAGAAUUAGCAGAGGCGGAAGCAGAGAAGGUCAGACAAAAAAUGAUCAAGAAGUAUCACAUGGUACGAUUCUUUGAGCGUCAAAAGGCUACACGACUGCUCAAAAGGCUUCGAAAGCGACUUAUUGAAGCAGAUAGUACUGAAGAAGUUGAGACAUUGAAGACUCAGAUGUACGUGGCAGAAGUAGAUCUGAAUUAUACUCAGUACUGUCCUCUCAGUCUACCCUAUGUCUCGCUUUACCCUCCGAAAGGCACAGUUACGAAAGAUGAGGACGAACAGGUCGAGGAUACAAGACCAAAGCCUGAGAUGUGGGCAGAGGUUGAGAAGUGUAUGGAACUUGGAACUCUUGACAGGCUUCGGAACAGGCCACCGAAUACACCUGCCAAUACCUCCAAACGAUUGGAAAGAAAAGUUCCUAAACCAAAACGAGUAGAGUUAGUGGAUACAACAGGCAUGAACCGGAGGGAGAGGAGAAGUCUACGGGGCGUCAACAAGGAAGGUAAAGCCAAGAAUAAGUCUACCGGAUUUGAAAAGAACAAGGCAUUUGGUGCCACUUUAAGUGCAAAUUUGGGCGAGACCGAGGAAGAUAGUGAUGGAGGUUUCUUUGAAGAAUGAGUAAGGGAUGUUCUCCGGGUGACAUCGUCAUGGCAUUGAAUGGAGUCGGUACGAAAUGAUACCCCUUGUAGCGUAAUUUGCCUUCAAAAAACCUCUGAGAGACCUGCAGAUUG